AAGGCAGGUGUUGGUGACUUGAAAACAACACCAGGUAGAGGAUCCGCAAAGAUCCCGCAGUGUUGACCACACCUUUUUCUCAGGAUGUAGUGAUGCUGGCAGCUGCGUCCAGAGGGUCUAGAGCAGUCGAUUGUUUGCAGUUCCUGCUUGAUGCGAAGAUGGGCAUCGAGAACAAGGACAGCUUAGGGUGGACACCCUUGGCCCAUUCCUGUCGGAAUGAUGCGCUAGAGGCCUCCCGUUUCCUCCUACAGACGAAAGCGCUGGUAAACAGCCAAGAUGUCAUGGGGCGGACGCCACUGAUGCUCUCCUGCAUGGAGGGCUCGGAGCGCAUCGUCGCCUUGCUAAUUGAGGCCCGAGCUGACUUUCGACUUCAGGACUCUCGUGGGUGGACAGCCCUUUUCUAUGCCGCUGAGCAGGGCAAACAGGAGGUGGUCAAGUAUCUCCUGCGCAAGCACGCCAGCCCCCAAGCAUCCACUCAAGAAGGCGUCAGCUCGCUGAUGGUCGCCUGCGUGCGGGGCAAUACCAUGGCAGCGAAGCAGCUCAUCAGGCGCCGAUGCGAGGUGAACCAGGUCGAGCAGAGCGGGAACUCCGCGCUCAUGCUCGCCUUGGCAGCAGCACAGCAAGACUUGGUGGCAUGGCUCCUGCAGGAAGAUGUGGAGGUUGACUUGAGCAACGAGAUGGGCGAGACGGCUUGCGAGAUUGCAGCGCAGCAGGGUUUCAACUCCUUGAAGAGCACCAUUCUGAUGAUUUCCCGGCGCCGGGAGGAGCAACGCCGUAAGGAGCAACUCUGGUUGGCUGCGCAGGCUCUGGAUGAGGAUGCUGGUUAGCCAGGUUGUUUCUAUGAGCUACGCAGCCUUAGGCAGUCGGGCACCUAUAUAAUGAGUCAACAAAUCAGGAGAGGCAAGUCGAAUUCAACACUAUGCUCUACUCUAGGGAUCACAGUCACUGAAAAAUGCUUCGAUAGAAGCUGAUGAAGCUGAUAUUGAAGCAGUGUGCGGAACAUGUUUGGAGCUGAGGCGGCCGUUGAAACGUGAUGCUGAAGGGAGACCUUCUUGGACGUGGGAGGAUGCGACUGCGCUAGGUAGGGCUGGCAACUUGGAGUAGCGCGCUCUGUCGAAGAGAUUGUGGUACAGGUGCAGAGAAAAGGGCAACGAUGCAAAAGAACCUCUCGGCGUGCUUUGAAUGCUGCCAUCGCUCUUAGGGUGGAGGCCGCUGAGAGUUGGGAGCUCGACCCGAAGCAUGGCCUGUGCCACUUGUGCGCUUUCAUGCUGUCGGAGGAUAUGAGCCCCCUAGAGGCUGUGAGACCUUUUGAAGGUGCCGGAUACAGUUAGCAAAUUAGAGCAGCGAGCAACAGGUCGGGAGCAAACAUCAAAUGGAGCCUGUUGGGAGUGUCUUGACCUGGCUCUUACAACCUACUAUGCC